AUGCCAGGUAUAAAGAAGAAGUCUUCAUUAAGAGAUAAGUCAAAUAGUAGAAAGGCACAUUUAUCAUCUAAAAUAUCAGAAUUUAGAAAUGAUACUACACCUAAUGAUGACACUUAUCAUGAAAAUCCAAUGUUAAAAUUAGCCAAAACAACCAAGAAAGAGAAACAGCAAAAUAAAUCAGAUAAAUUUAUAAAUCAUUUAAUGAAUAAAAGUACUUUUAACACUUCUGGAACUAUAAGUAAAUCAGCAUUAAGAAGAAAGAAGAGAAAAGAAAAAGAACAAUUGAAACCUAAAAUGAAUGAAUUAUUAAUGAAUUUACCUACAGAUGGUAAUGAAAUAAAUGAACAAGAUAAAGUUACCAAAAUAGUGAGACCUAAUUCUACAGAAUAUAUAAAGUCAUCUAAAUUGAAUUUAAAUAGACCAAAUCCUACAAAAUCUACAGGUUUGAAACAAAUUAUGAAAGAAGAACAUAAAAAUUUUAAUAAUGUAUUGACAAAUCCAGACUUCAGAGCAUCACCAUUCGAUGCAUUGAAAAAUGCAAUUAAACAAAACAUGAAAUAA